UUCAUGUCUUCACUAAACUCAAACAGCUUCACAAACACAGACAAGAUGCUGAUAAUAUUCAUCAAUCUCUUCACUCUUCUCUCAUGUGUCAGUUCAGCUAAAGUUGUCACACAAAAACCCUCAGUACUGACAGAAGAAAAAGGAAAGUCUGUCAUUAUAGACUGUAAUAUAGCAGUGGAUUAUACCUAUGUUUCUUGGUAUAAACAGCUUCCAAAUGCAGCUCCUCAGUAUGUGUUGAGAUACUAUCAUUCUCAUAGCUCUCCUGACGAGUAUGGUGCCAGUUUUUCAUCCAGCCGUUUCACAUCUAAAGCUCAGUCAAAAAUUGACUAUCAGCUGAUCAUCAAUAAUGUAGAUGUGAGAGAUUCAGCUGUGUAUUACUGUGCAACAUGGGACAACUCUGUUACUGUGGUAUUCGGACAAGGAACAAAACUCAUUGUGACCGAUUCAGGUGUUUCUCCUCCUGUUGUGAAGAUUUUGCCUCCAUCCAGUGAAGAUGUGAGCUCCAGUAAAGUGACUCUGGUGUGUUUGAUCAAUGACAUGUCUGUGGGAUUUGCUGAUGUGAGUUGGUUUGUGAAUGGAAACUCAGUUACUGAUGGCGUCUUCACCGGAUCUGCUGAACAGCAGUCGAAUGAGAAAUUCAAGUUGAGCAGUUAUUUAACCAUUGAGAGAUCAGAGUGGGAGAAAGACAAAGAUCUCACAUGUAAAGUGACUGCUGCUGGAAAGAUCACAAACACAAAGAUCAAGAAAUCUCAAUGCAAUGAAUAAAUGCAAAGUAUACUGCCUUGUCCUUGUUUUUGUAAUAUUUUUUUUAUCAAAAGUGUGUAGCAGAAAACAAAGAUAUAGGCAAUAUUUAAGAAUUAAUCUAAGUAGCUUAAUUUCUUUGACAAUAUGUUUUUUCUUGAAUAAAUGUGGGAAUUUCUUUAUAAAUAUCCUUGUACAUUAUUGUGCUUUUUGAUCUGAAAUAAACUGCAUAAUUCAUAAACUGCUUUACUGAUUUUUAAAGAAAAUUGAUGUUAACAUACCCGAAAUAUCCAAUUUCAUUUUAAGUUUAAUUUUCAAACAUAAUUUUUUUAUUGAGUUACACAGCAAAUGUGCUAAAUAAGUACUGUAAAAGACUUCAUAAAAGCUUUAAUGUUUAGUACUAAACUAAAACACGUCUGCGAUGUGGGUGAAGUGAACUACUCUCUUCAGUCUUCAUACAAACUGUAAUGUUCAUCACUUAAUAAGUAAAAAGCGUAAUAAUGUGUCUUU